AUGCACACAAUAAAAUCGGGAGCGUUGGAUGAUAUUCAAUAUAUCGUGACGGAUACAGAAGAAACCACACAAACAGCAAUUAAAGAAAUUAGUAUUACUGAUUUAAAAGCUGAAGAUGAAACUACGAUGAGAAUUUCAAGUACAGCACCACAAAUACUUGAUGUGGAAAGAACAGGUUUGAAAACAGAAGUUCAAAGAGUGUCUACUUUAUCUACUCCCAUGAUCGGUAAAUCAACUGCAAAAGAAGCUGAAGCUUCAAGUCUGGCGGCAACUGGUGUGUCGACAACAGUACCCACUCCAUCAGUCGACAGGACUACUGCAAAUAGUUCUACCACAAGUAGAAAGACUACAUAUGUAGUUGAAAUGAAGUCUAUUAUUCCACAUAUAGGUGUUACCACUGAAGAAUUGCAAUCUACACUCAAGGAAAUAACUCUUCAAGAUUUCACAGCUGAAGCAAUACAUUUCAGCACUGCCAAAACAUCCGCUCAGCCAACGACUGCAUUAUUAGAAGAGGCUACAGUAACAGAUUUUAAAACUAUAGCCUCUAGCAUAGCGCCUACUGAUGGUUCAACAGAAUUACCUAUUACACAGUUUGAUGAUGCUACUACUACAGAAGUUUUGACUUUUAAAGAUAUGGAUGAUUUGACAACAGUGGAAGAAGCUAUAGUAGCUACUAGUGUGUCGAAGUCACCAUAUUUGUAUGCAAGUACUGAGACAAUUGAUAAAGGUCCUACCACAAGCAGAGAGACUUCAGAUAUAGUUGACACGAAGUCUAUUAUUCCACGUAUAGGUGUUACCACUGAAGAAUUGCAAUCUGCACUUAAGGAAAUAACUCUUCCAGAUUUCACAACUGAAGCAACACAUUCCAGCACUGUCAGAACAUCCGCUGUGCCAACGACUGCAUUAUUAGAAGAGGCUACGUUAACAGAUUACAUAACACAGGCUACACAUACAAGCGUUGCAAAAUCAUCUACCCAACCAACAACUGCAGUAUUACAAGAGGCUACCUUUACUGGUUCUACCACAAGUAAAACGAUAUCAGAUGUAUUUGAAACGAUGUCUAUUAUUCCACAUAUAGGUGUUACCACUGAAGAAAUCCAAUCUGCAAUUAAGGAGAUAACUCUUCCAGAAAUUAUUACUACAUUUGAUGCUUCUGGUUUGAUAACAUCGGAUGUAGAACAUUCAACAACUUCCAGUGAGACGGCAUCAACAACAUCAGCUACAAGUACUGAAACAAUUAAUGGAGAUUUUAAAACUGAAGCCUCUAGAGUAGCGGCUACUGAUGGGUCAACAAAAUUACCUAUUUCACAUUUUGAUGAAGCUACAGAUUUCACAACUGAAGCAACAAAUUCUAGCACUGUCAGAACAUCCGCUCAGCCAACGACUGCAUUAUUAGAAGAGGCUACGUUAACAGUACAGUCAGAACGGCGCGCCAACGGAUAUUUGUCAUAUUUUACAGAAGUUGUUACUAUGUUUGAAGCUUCUGAUUUAACAACAUCAGAUGAAGAUCGUCUAACGACACCUAUUGUGCCGACAGCAUCAACAUCAGAUACAAGUAUUGAAACAAUUUAUGGAGAUUUUAAAACUGAAGCCUCUAGUAUAGCGGCUACUGAUGGUCCAACAGAAUUACCUAUUACACACUUUGAUGAAGCUACUACUAAAGAUUUCACAACACAGGUUAUACAUACAAAGGGUGCAAAAUCAUCUACCCAACCAACAACUGCAUUAUUAGAAGAGGCUGUCUUUACUGUUUUGACUUUGAAAGAUAUUGAUGAUUUCACAACGGUGGAAGAAGCUAUAGUAGCUACUAGUGUGUCAGAGUCACCAUAUUUGUAUGCAAGUACUGAGAACAUUGAUAAAGGUUCUACCACAAGUAGAGAGACUUCAGAUGUAGUUGAAACAAAGUCUAUUAUUCCACAUACAGGUGUUACCACUGAAGAAUUACAAUCUGCACUUAAGGAAAUAACUCUUUUAGCUGAAGCAAUACAUUUCAGCACUGUUAAAACAUCCUCUCAGCCAACGACUUCAUUAUUAGAAGAGGCUACAGUAACAGAUUUUAAAACUAUAGCUUCUAGUAUAGCGCCUACUGAUGGUUCAACAGAAUUACCUAUUACACAGUUUGAUGAAGCUACUACUAUAGAUUUCACAACACAAGCUAUACAUACAAGCAUUAAAGAAUCAUCUUCACAGUCAACAACUGCAUUAAAAGAAGAGGCUACUUUUACUGAUUUUAAAACUGAAGCCUCUAGUAUAGCGGUCACUGAUGGUCCAACAAAAUUACUUAUUACACAGUUUGAUGAAGCUACAGAUUUAUCAACAAAAUCUAUACAUACAAGCGUUGCAAAGCCAUCUACCCAACCAACAACUGCAUUAAUAGAAGAGACUACCUUUACUGGUAUGGCGAGUCCUACCACAAGUAGAAAGAUAUCGGAUGUAGUUGAAACAAAGUCUAUUAUUCCACAUACAGAUGUUACUACUGAAGAAUUUCAAUCUGCAGUCAAAGAAAUUACUCUUCCAGAUUUCACAGCUGAGGCAAUACAUUCCAGUACUGUUAAAACAUCCGCACAGCCAACGACUUCAUUAUUAGAAGAGGCUACAGUAACAGAAGUUGUUACUAUGUUUGAAGCUUCUGAUUUAACAACAUCAGAUGUAGAACGUCUAACAACUUCUAGUGUGCCGGCAUCAACAACGUCAGCUACAAGUAUUGAAACAAUUGAUGGAGCUGAAGCAAUACAUUCCAGCACUGUUAAAGCAUCCUCUCAGCCAACGACUGCAUUAUUAGAAGAGGCUAUAGUAACAGAUUUUAAAACUGAAGUCUCUGAAGUAUCAACAAAAUUACCUAUUUCACAUAUUGAUGAAGCUACUACUACAGGUGGCGAUUCACGGUUACAAGAUUCAGCUGCAAUCUCCACCCCUUGGCACCAGAGCCCAUUCGGGGAACUACCAGGAGACCCCCAAAAAGUUGGAGCAAUCCGACAGGAGGUAGAUAGUUUGUUUACGAAGGGCGCUAUACACAGGAUAGGGGACCCGACGUUAAGUCCGGGCUUCUACCCGCAAGUAUCAGUGGUUCCAAAGACUACAACUGAGACUCAGUUGGCUGUGCCCAAUUUCACAACUGAAGCCACACAUUCUAGCACUGUCAGAAAAUCCGUUGAGCCAACGACUGCAUUAUUAGAAGAGACUACGUUAACAGAUUUUAAAACUGAAGCCUCUAGUAUAGCGCCUACUGAUGGUUCAACAGAAUUACCUAUUACACAGUUUGAUGAAGCUACUACUACAGGUUCUACCACAAGUAGAAUGACUACGGAUGUAGAUGAAACAAAAUAUUUUAUUCCACAUAUACGUGUUACCACUGAUGAAUUGCAAUCUGCACUUAAGGAAAUAACUCUUCCAGAUUUCACAGCUGAAGCUACACAUUCCAAUAUUGCUAAAACUACAUUAUUAAAAGAGACUGCAGAUUUCACAAGUAAAUCUAUACAUUCCAGCAUUGCCGAAACGUCUCCACAGUCAACUACUUCAAUUACGGAAGUGACUACUUUAACCGAAAAUGGUUCAAUAGGUAAUAGAAUACUGUAUCGUGUGUAUCGGAAUCGUUCAGUUCCAGGAGGCAAGACGGUACGUCAAGUGGUUGUGCCGAAACUGUUGAGGACUCGUGUUAUGGAGAUUGCCCAUGAUUCAAUAUUUGGUGGACACAUGGGGAUAAAGGAAACAGAAGACCGGAUUGUGACUAGCUUUUAUUUGUCUGGGCUACAUCCAGAUGUUACCAGUUUUUGUCAUGUGAUGUGUGCCAGAAGACUGUUUCAAAAGGAUCAGUUGUGA